CACGUACAGCUUCUUGGUUUCGGCCUUACGCUACAUCCCCAGACAUCUCCAUCAGCCCAUCUUCUGUUUCAUCUGAACUUGGGCAUACAUCUUAUUUCUCGCGUCCGUACCACUAGGCCAGCGACUCGCAGCCGCUUUUGGAUUGAUGCCGGAAAGUGGCUGAGGAUUCAGUGCUUGUGCAACCGCCCAAGGCAUCACGGGAAAACGCCACCUCGCUAUUCCACAGGACCACGAUGGAUCUCGGCCCCAGCGGCCAUGCCGAGGCCCUGCUCGUCAAGGCCGCCCGCACGUACGGCGUCCAUGCUGCCAAAGACGACGUGCGCCGGGCUCUGGCCGACCCUGAUCGCGGCACCGCCUUGGUCGAGUGGGCGAACAUGCAUCUCGCGUCCGAUCACCUCCUGACGGCUGAUGAGCUGGCAUUAUAUACGGCCCUCGACAGGAGCGGCCAGGUCGACGUGUUGGCGGACGCGCACGACCUGGGCGAGGUGCAGGCGGUCAACGAAGAGGACAUCCGGACUGCAAUCGAGGAGCUUAAUCGGUCCACCGCUACAAUCUCCAAGCAAACAGAGACCCUGCGCCAACAGCAAGACGCCCUCUCGCGCCUCGUCAAGAAGCGAGCCGAGAACGAGGCUCAGCGCCGGGACCUUGAGUCGACCCGGCUACGCCAGUCCGAGUCUCAGCGCAAAAAGCUCGCUGCUGAGGUGGAGGACCUCUCACAUAGUCUCGGCUAUCGGGUCGCCGAUCUGGAGCAGCAGACAAAGGAUGUGCGGACGAUCCUCAAUGAGACGGUGGAUAGCGUUUUCCACUCAGACGACAAGCUCCUAUCCAGCCUCCAAAAGCUUGGCUGGGAGCUUGACCAACGGGACCCUGAGGAGCAAAAGACGGUUGAGAAGCUUCGAGAGAUUCUCAUGCGUUACAUCAAGACUACCGUAGAGACGCUCCGCACUAGACUCGAUAGGGUCUAUCUCGAGGCAGUUGUCGCAACUGACCGCGCAGGGGAGAGCAAGCCUGCCAGCGGAGAUGAGGUCAAGGCGCUCGAGGAGGAGCUUGAGUCGCUCUACUCUGAAAUCCUGCCCGUCGCUCAGAUGUCGGCCGAACAAGAGCAUCUUGAGCCUGCACUGCAGUCUACUGACUCCCAGAGCGGACAGAGCUUGCGCCGUUCAGCAACGGCUGUGACAUAUAUCAACGAAACUCUCGACUAUCUGCUAGACCGUGUAGACCUGCUCGGAGGCCGCGUCGAAACAUUGAAUUCGCACCAAAAUGCGGCGGCUGCGAUUCUCGCUACGGCCAAAAAUGAGGCAUCAACCCCGAUAUCUCCUGUUAGAAAACCAGUCAAGCAGGCUCUCCCCGCGUCACCCAUUCGAAAGCCGGCGCCAAUCCGGAUGCGUUCUAACACUGACAUAUCCGGUCGUGGCAACCGCCGACGCUCGUCUGGAAUCCAAGACGAACCCGCAAUGGAAGCCCUCCUGCGCAACAUUGCCCUCUCCUUGCCACCGCCGGAAGACGCCACCACGGAAGAGCAAGCAGCGGACCUCGCCCAAGUCAUCGCCGAGCGUUCCCAGAAGGCCAACGACGUCGCCAGGAACGCCCAGGAGACGUUUGAGGCUAAUACUGUUUCCAAGCUGCAGGAUGCGCGCUUGGCUAUUCAGCUACUGCGAGACAGCAUCCUUGCGGAGAGUCCGUUUGAGGAAGUGAGGCUCGUGGACCCGGAAAUUGAAGGCUCGAUCCACGUGCUCGGCCAAGAGGUGGAAAAGGUAAAGGAGCAGCUCGACGCUGUGGAUGUGAAGAAAGGGGCCAAGAGUAUUAAGAAAGAUGAAUUUGUGCACCGCUGGGCAUAACAACAGGCUUGCUAGUAUUUACAGUGUUAGGUUUCUCAGGAACUGACAAGUUGCCGAUUCUAGAUAGAUGGUUGAAUGUACCCCAAAACCGCAUACGCCUGUAUUGUGGAAUGGUCUAGUUGAAAGCACAUCUAUAUUUACAUGAGCAAAACGCCUUACUGGCACCACAUCCGCCCUAUGCUUCUAUCACCACCACACGGCCCAUCCGCUCGAAGUGGCCGCUGCUGUCCAAUGUGGGAGUCCUGCCUGGAAUCGGCCCCGGGAUGUUGGGCGUCCGAUUGGUGCCGUUGCUCCCUCUGCUCGAACCCACGUGCGAAUGAUUUGUCGAAUCUCGGCAUUUUUGGUCACUUGUGCUCAA